CGAUGGCUGACGACGCGAGCCCCGAGGCCCCGCUGUGCUCCGAGCAGUUCGGCUCCGGGGCGGCUCGGGGCUGCCGCGCCGCCGCCGACGGGAGCCUGCAGUGGGAGCCCUGGGGGUGGCGCUGGUGGGGCUUCUGCGGGGCCUUCGCUGUGAAACCCGAUAGGCGACGGGGGUGCGGAGGGGGCGCCCCCGGGACCGCCUCCCCACCUCUCUCGGGGCUCUUGGCCCUGUUCUUGCCGCAGGGCUUCCCCGAUAGCGUCAGCCCGGACUAUCUGCCCUACCAGCUAUGGGAUUCCGUGCAGGCUUUUGCUUCCAGCCUGUCGGGCUCCCUGGCCACCCAUGCAGUCUUGCUGGGCAUAGGGGUGGGGAAUGCAAAAGCCUCCGUUUCAGCUGCCACAGCCACCUGGCUCGUAAAAGAUUCAACUGGCAUGCUGGGCCGUAUCGUCUUUGCCUGGUGGAAGGGGAGCAAACUGGACUGUAAUGCCAAGCAGUGGAGGCUUUUUGCUGACAUCCUCAACGAUGUGGCCAUGUUCCUGGAGAUUAUAGCUCCCAUAUACCCACUCUGUUUCACCAUGACUGUCUGCGCCAGCAACCUGGCCAAGUGUAUUGUGAGCGUGGCUGGCGGAGCGACUCGGGCCGCGCUGACCAUGCAUCAGGCCCGGAGAAACAACAUGGCUGACGUGUCCGCCAAGGAUAGCAGCCAGGAGACGCUGGUUAACCUGGCUGGGCUCCUGGUCAGUCUCUUGAUGCUUCCCCUGGUGUCAGAUAGCCCUAGUUUCAGCCUCGGAUGUUUCUUCCUUCUCACUGCCCUCCACAUCUACGCCAACUACCGGGCAGUCCGAGCCCUCGUCAUGGAGACCCUGAACGAAAGGCGGCUCAAGCUGGUCCUGAAGCACUUCCUGCAGACUGGAGAGGUGCUCGGCCCCACUUCAGCCAAUCAGAUGGAACCGCUGUGGACAGGUUUCUGGCCGUCUCUGUCUCUGUCCCUGGGUGUCCCCCUACACCGCUUAGUCUCCAGUGUUUCUGAGCUGCAACAGCUGGUUAAAGGGCACCAAGAACCCUACCUCCUUCGAUGGGACCUGUCACGAAACCAGGUCCAGGUAGUUCUGAGCCAAAUGGCAGGCCCUGAGGCCGUCCUAAGAGCUGCCACCCAUGGGCUGGUGCUCAGAGCCCUGCAGGAAGAUGGGCCUCUCCCAGGAGAGCUGGAAGAACUGAGGAAGCAAGUGCGGGCAGGUCCUGAGAAAGAUGGCUGGGUCAUCGUAAGGGAGACGCACCAAGUGCUGGACAAGCUAUUCCCCAAAUUCUUGAAAGGACUGCAGGAUGCAGGCUGGAAGACAGAGAAGCACCAGCUCGAGGUGGACGAGUGGAGGGCCACGUGGCUCCUGUCGCCAGAAAAGAAGGUCUUAUGAGCAGCCCAGGUCCCAGAAUAGGAGACCGGCGCAAACACACUCUGACCUCAGCAGGACGUGGGAAAGGCAGCUUUAUUUUUGCUUAGGGGCACUGCUGCGGCAGACCGACCCUGGCUUUCUGGGAAGUGACUGCCAGUCAGAUGAACCGAGCCCCAGGCAGGGACAAGGCAGAAAAGGGAGAACCUGGGCUUCCUCCCUCUGCUGCCCAAUCCCCUCUCACCACUGCAGGCUCUGACCCCCACUCAUUGUGGCUCAGCCCAGCCCUGACUGUGGCCCACGGGGUCCAACGAAGUUGGCCUCAAGCAUAAAAGCCCCAGAGGAACGUGGCCACGGCCAUCAUAAGCAAGGCAUUGAGGUUGACCACACGGGCCCAGCUUGGGUCCUCACUGAUGUCCUCCAGCUGCCUGGUUGCUUCAGCCACCUCCUCUGGGGUAGGGGGUGAGGGGCUCCCUGCUCCGCUCUUGCUCAUUCCACAGAACCAGAGCAGGCACUGGCGCAACAGGCCUGGUGUUGGGGGCUGGGGCUCUAAGAAAAAUUGAGGCCCCACAGUUAGGAUGAGGGAACUUGUCUCCCCCAGCCUCUGCCCACCUCCUCGGGCAGUGCCUUACCCUCGAUCUCCACUGCUUGCUCCGGGCGCCCAUUCUGCUCUGGGAGUGAGGUUGGACUACUCAGCUCAUCAGCAUCCAGGUCUUCCCGCUCCUCCUUGCUGUGCCGGAGACUGAAAACCAGGCGGUGGAGCUGGGGAGGGGUGGGAGCAGGGGCCAAGUGGGAGUUCUGUCCUCCAAGCCCAGAUGCUGAGGUGUCUGUCCACAUGGGCACUCCCUGAAUUCCCUUUGUCCAGCCUGCACUCCCAGCCCAGGCCCAGCUCACUCAAACCCCACCCACAGGGCCCUUGGCCCUUAGGCCAAAGGCAAGCUCCCCAGCUGGGUGUUUUCAAGCUCUUGGCCCUGCUCACCCCCCUUGCUCUUCCACCCAAGUCCCCCAGCUACACUGAAAAUUGUAGUACUUUUGUCAGUCCUUCCUGGGGGUGUCUGCUCACGUUCCUCCUGCUGCCUUUCCCUGUGUCUCCACUGUGGACUGCUGCCCAGCCUUCCAGACCCAGCUGUUUUGUCCUGACCCCACUCGACCCCGAGGCACUUGCUACAGCACAGGACCAAGCCCUUUUUGCAGCUUUCAAGUUAGUAGUACCCUGUCGCUCCCAGUCACCAAUCAUAGCCUGUGUUGUGAGUCCCAAUGGCCAGAUUAGGGAUUGGGGGGCCCUUAAUCACCUCUCCCCAGUCUUCACAAAGCCACCUGGACAGACCACCCCAAAUAAAUUCAUUUAAAUAAAAACAUUGUGCUUGCUUGGCAAAUGCACCUUCAAACUGGACUCCCAACCUGGCCUCACCAACCCUCAGUAAAGAAAUUCAGUCUUUUCCACUGGGCAUUCCUGGAAGCAGACUGGGGACUGUCAGCGAGCAUCCCUGGGUACUGCUUGGUGCCCAUCUGGAGGUCCGCACUUACAUGCUUGCGGGGAAUGGGCUCUGUGCACAGCGAGAUGAGGAGGAUGAGGACGCUGGAGCAGAUGAAGAGCACUAUAGCAAAGUAGAGGUAGUGCACGCCGCAGAAGAGGGCCGGGCAGGAUGAGGGCCGCACACAGCUGCCCGAGCCGAAGGAGAACUCGGGAAUAAGGCGGGCCAGCCCCAUCAGCAGGCCCCCAAUCAGUCCCCAGAAGGCGCCCUGCGUGGAGGGGUGGGGUGAGAGAGCGCCCACCUCCCGUGUCCGAGCCCCGCCCCAGCUCCCGUGAGCUCCCACCAGCCCACCUUCUCGUUGACGCGGGGCACGAAAAGCGCUAGCACGAACACU